AUGCUGUCUUUCCCUUCCCCACAGGAGGAGCCCUACGUGAUGUUCAAGAAGUCGGACAAGCCGCUGUACGGCAACGACCGCUUCGAGGGCUACUGCAUCGACCUGCUGCGGGAGCUGGCCGCCAUCCUGGGCUUCACCUACGAGGUGCGGCUGGUGGAGGACGGACGCUUCGGGGCCCAGGACGAGUUCACGGGCCAGUGGAACGGCAUGGUGAAGGAGCUCAUGGACCACGGCUCGUGGGAGAUAGUCUGUCUCUUCCCUCUCUCUCCGUCCCCACCAGACACUGGUACCUCCAUCGGCUCCACCACCUCCGUCGACCGCCGCUCCCAGUGGUGCAGCGUGGCCUACUGGGAGCAGCGGACCCGCGUGGGCCGCCUCUACGCGGCGCGCGAGCCCUCGCUCGGCAUCUUCUACGACCUACCUCAGGGCACGGGCCUCUGCCUGGGCCAGCUGCACGCCGACGCCUACCAGCGUCGGCGCCGCCGCCGCGGCAACGCCGACGGCGACGGCGACGACUCGGACCCCGACGGCGAGCCGACGGCGGCGGCGGCGGACGCGCGGGGCGCUCGCCGCGGGGGCGUGGCCAGCGGCGUGCGACAGGUGCGCGAUAAGAUCGGCCACGGCAUCGCCCUGAGCCAGGAGGCGGACGGCGUGUGGGUGUACAACCGCAGCCAGCACCCGGUGUUUGUCCACUCCCCCACCCUGGACCUGCCCGGCGCCCGCGGGGGCCUGACGGUGCGCCGGGUGGUGCCGGGCUACUCCCUCAAGGUGUUUGACUACGAGCGCUCCGGGUGGUUGGCGGAGCACGGGGUGAAGCCCGAGGGCCAGGAGGGGCCCUGGGACCCGCGCAGCGUGCGCAUCAGCUUCGCCAAGGGUUGGGGCCCCUGCUACUCCAGACAGUUCAUCACCUCCUGCCCCUGCUGGCUGGAGGUGCUGCUCAGCAACCACCGAUAGCACACACACACACACACACACACACACACACACACACACACACACACACACACACACACACACACACACACACACACACACAUGGACAUUGCGUAGACAGUGAUGCACAAAGACCCAAACACCGACACGCACACAGAAACACACGCAGCAACAUAAACUCAACAGCGCACACCUAUGAGGUUUCGUAACCAAGUAUCGUAAUUGUAAUCUACCUAGAUUUAAUAUAAAUCUUUAUAUAUUAUAUAAAAUAUAUUAUACAUGUAAAUACCUGAGUCAUUUUUACAAUGCAAUUAUUUAUGUAUAGUGUAAUGUGUAUAUGAACAGGACAAAACUGAACAGGAGUAGGCACUUUUGAUUCUAUAUAAGUAUGGCGUUGAUUAUUUUUCUCUUCAGCGUUGUUUCCAGUAUGUUAACUGCUAAAAUUACGACAAAGCUGGUUAAUGUUCUCAAGAAUUUACGAUUCCAACAGAAAGUUUGCCAUUCACACAUUGACAAUAAAGUAUUUGUACUAUUA